AUGGCACCGCCUCACUCGGCUGCAGCGGCAGCAGAGUCUGCCAGCGACCUUAACUACCUGCUGAGGGCGCUGCACUGGACGGCCAUCUUGCGUCACCCACACAGCGCCGCCAGAUCACCACUUCUGUUCCGGCUGUGUACCAUCACCGUAGUGUCCAUCAUCGUAUCUUUCAUCAGCUCAGAGAUUGCCGUACUGUGGCGAGAAGGCAUUGCAGACCUGGACGUCUUCAUACUGAUGAUUAGUAUCGCAGACACAGGCUUCAUCUGGCUCUUCCGUAUAGCACACACUGCUGUAUGUGAGCGCCACUUCCAUAAACUCGCUCUACAGGUGGGACAUGACUUCGCUGAGUUCGUGACCUGGGAUGACGUUCCUGUGCUACGCGCACAAGGGCGUUUGGUGCGUCGUUUCUUGCUGAUGUACAUCUGGUUCGGCAUAACCGCCUGCACCUACUAUCUGUUCUCACCAGUCAGCGCUGAGGGCCUGCCCUUUAUUCUGGCCCUACCAUUUGAUGCGUCGCAACCCAUAGGCUAUGCCAUCGCGUGGCUUUACUGUUUUAUUGUAACGAUGCACGCCGUGGUGAUGACAAUGGUGCUCGACUCUUUCAACGUGAGCAUCAUCGCUCAGCUACGUAUGCAGAUCAUGCUACUGAACCGGAAAAUAGUCAGUCUCGCCAGAGACAUGUCUGAGAAACUCGAAUACUGUUCAGAAGCGUCUGCCUACAGUGACCUCCGCAGCCGUCUGGAAAAGUGCGUUCUUCACCACCAAGCAAUCAUCAAGAACGCAGACCUCCUGGAGAAGUGCCUAGGUACGAUGUUACUGGGGCAGAGCAUAUCCAUAGGAGCUGCCGCCUGCUUCCAGAUGUUCCAAAUUGCCACAAGUGCAGACGGCCUGCAACAGAUCGGGAAAUUCGGCUGCUACCUAUCUACCAUGCUUUCGGAGCUCUUCGUUAACUGCUGGUUUGGUGAUGACCUCAUUACAGAAAGCGAGAACCUAUCUCUGGCGGCGUACGAUGCGGUGACUUCUCUGCAGGGAUGCCCCCUGUCCAUCAAACGGUCGCUGCUGCUGCUCAUGCACCGCGCCCAGAGACCACUGUGCAUCACCGCCGGAGGGUUCUUCCCCCUCUCCAGGGAGUCCUUUGUUGCGGUGCUAAACGUGUCUUACUCAUUCUACGCCAUUUUACGAAAUUUCAAGAAUGAAGAACUGUAG